CGGAGCUACCUGGGAAGGGCCCAAGAUGGCCGCCCCCACUUAGCACUCGCCUGGGGCCAGUAAGGACUGUAACCUCCUCGAAGGCCGCGGCUGACUGGCCCUAACUCUUGUGCUCCUGUAGUGUGCUAUUGCAGGGCAGAGACUGGAGCAAUGACGGGGAGUCUACUUUGGGGGGCAGGUAGGGGCCUAUGGGCCUGGAUGCCUCUAGCUUGUAGAAGCUUCUCCGUGGGUGUCCCUGGGUUAUCCCGUGUAAGGCUAACGCUCCCACCUCCUAAAGUGGUUGAUCGUUGGAACGAGAAGAGGGCCUUGUUUGGGGUGUAUGACAACAUCGGAAUCCUGGGAAACUUUGAAAAGCAUCCCAAAGAACUGAUCAGGGGUCCCAAAUGGCUUCGAGGCUGGAAGGGGAAUGAAUUACAGCGUUGUAUCCGAAAGAAGAGAAUGGUUGGGAAUCGAAUGUUUUUUGAUGACCUGCACAACCUUAACAAACGUAUCAGCUAUCUUUACAAACAUUAUAACCGACAUGGCAAGUACCGGUAAAAAAGAAAACUGUCAGCUGUAGAAGUAACACAUCUAUCAUCCUGGAGAAGGAAAUAGUACUUUCCUUAGGAGGAAAGGGAUUUGUAUCCUUUCUCUAAUAAAAUGGGCCAUUUUUUGAA